CUUGCCCACCAGCCAAGCCUCCGCACUUCGUACCGCGCUUCGCUUCCACAGCCGCGCAGAUUCUUCCCGUCGGAACACUGUAGCCAUGGCCGGGAGGGGCAAGGCGAUCGGCUCGGGCGCCGCCAAGAAGGCCAUCUCGAGGAGCUCCAAGGCCGGGCUCCAGUUCCCCGUCGGCAGGAUCGCAAGGUUCCUCAAGGCCGGCAAGUACGCCGAGAGGGUCGGCGCCGGUGCCCCCGUCUACCUCGCUGCCGUGCUCGAGUAUCUCGCUGCUGAGGUUCUCGAGUUGGCCGGAAACGCCGCGAGGGACAACAAGAAGACCCGUAUCGUCCCACGCCACAUCCAGCUCGCCGUCCGCAACGACGAGGAGCUCUCCCGCCUGCUCGGAAUGGUCACCAUCGCCAGCGGCGGUGUCAUGCCCAACAUCCACAACCUUCUGCUGCCCAAGAAGGCCGGAGGCAGCGCCAAGUCCGCGGCUGCCGAUGACGAUAGCUAGAUCCUGACUCCUCUCCGCGUCGUGGAUGCUGCUGGCUGUAUCACUGUGUAGUUGCGUGUGCCUAGGUGUUGCGUUCUACUAGGAUGUUACUAUUAGCUUCUGAAUCUGUGUUUGUACCGGUGCUAAACUUAGAUGUGCUCUUGUGUGGACAAGGAUUAGCUGAUCUGAGUUCAUCCCUACGUUUUAUAAAAGUUGCAUCUUUGGAUGCCUUGUUGACUCUUCUCUCUGUUGUUUGGUAUUGGGUCGGCUGAGAAAAUAUUCAUGGCGAAAUUGUUGAA